UUUUGACAGGAGGCAGGCAAUGGGAGAAGAAAGGAACUGAUGCACAGAGGGCGAAAGAUGCGCAGGAUAAUGUCGCCCCGCCACCCGGUACCAUGAUAAACACCGCCGAGGGGGUGAGCCGGAGGAGGUCGUCGGCGGCCCGGCGCGGCGAGCGCUGGAUCGCCCGGUGCCAGGCGGCCCUGCUCGGCGUGUCGGCGCUGGUCAUCGCGGCCGAGCGGAGCGCUCUGAUCUAUUGCAUAGGGUUUUACCUUUGGAAUGACGAGACACGAUGGGCCGGCCUCACCCUCGGACUCUUUCUCCCGGGCACGGCGGUGCAGCUGUUGAGUGUCAAAUGGUACUAUGACGACGGUGACGACAGGCGAUGGUACCUGUCUACCAUACACAUUCUUCACUUGGGUAUCUUCAAAAGGUUAUGGGACUGCAUGCGAUAUGUGUCCCGCAUGCAGGGCUCAGUGGCGGAGCUGGGCGCUGUCGUCAUGCAGCAGGCAGACGUUGCCGCUCUUUGGCUCCUGGAGGCUCUGGUCGUCUCGCUGCCACAGAGCCUGCUGCAGGCAUACAUCGUGGUGUCCACAGACGUAGGGAUCAUGUCCCCAGUGGCCUACUCCUGUGGUCUUUGCGUGCUGUCCGUGUCCUGGGCGCUGGUGCUGUACAGCCGCGCUUGCCGUCUCAUCCGGCCGGGCCACCUUGCCAUGCCCCCGGCGGCUCUGCUUUGCCAGCUGGUGUGGAGGGCCGGCAUGCUGGGUGCCAGGGUGACGUGUCUCAUGUUCUUCGCAAGGGUGUUCAACUGGUGGGUCUGCGGAGUGGCAGGUUUUCACUGGCUGACUGCCUCCUUCUGGCUGGUGUCACAGCAACUAGACAUCUGCACCGGCCCAUGGUGUUGGCGUGCCUUUAACGGCCUGGUGGGGUUCAUCCACGUCUUCCUCUUCCUUAACGUCAAAGACGGCCCCUCGCGUUUCCGCAUGGCCAGCUUUUAUACUUUCAUGCUGAUUGAGAACGCCACUUUGCUGCUAGCCGCCUCUGACUUACUGAGCGAAGCGGCGUGGGAUAACAUGACGCUCCCCAUCAGUGUUCUAAGUAGCUUUACCCUCGGCGCUACCUCCAUGGUCAUCUACUACCGGUUCCUCCACCCCAAGUCAACAGAGAUCGCCCAAGGUCUGAACCAGAACCACAUGGGUAGCACUUGUAUAGAACGUGGGGAGUCCUCCUUCUCGCUCGGGGACAAAAGCUUGCCGGUUGGUGGUGUGCAAAACCACGGCAGCUUCUCGCUCUCCGGUGUGGCCGGUUCACUGCUGGAGCAUCCGAGCUCAUGCGGAGGGAGGCCGAACAGCUCCUGUCCUUGCUACCACCAUCACUGGCUCCUCAUACGGCUGGCCCUCAAAACAGGAGACCUGGGGAAGAUCAACCGAGCGUACGGAGCAGGCGGGGCGGCAGCCAUACUGGACAUGGAGGAGUACAACCAGGAGUGUAAGAGCCACGAAGGCGACACCAUCACGGCAGGGGGCAGCUGUGAGGGUGUCUCCAUGUCCGAGUCUCAGGGGCAAGGCUUGGCACCCCUGUCGGACUGCAAAGAUGAAUUUCAGACUGUGAGCGAACCCACGUCCUUUGAACAAGCAGAGGACGACAGUCUGGAGAUGGCGAGCCCGCUGGAGUCACCAGAGUCCGAUUUCAAGCGCAGCUCACCAGAGGGCAAAUCCGUAUUUGGAGACAGUCCGGAGCCGUACUUCUGCCCCACGGAGUCCAGUUCAACCCUCUACUUCAGCGCUGAUCCCCAGUCUCCCAGCAGCUCCAGUAACCCCCGAUUGGACCGGGACAUCGGGGGUCUCGAGCAUGGCGUGCGUCUCAAUUCCAUCCCAAGCGAUCCGGCUCUUCACAGGGACGUCCGAGGGCUAAUGGGUCGGGUCGGGCCGCGCUACACCUCCACCCCAAAACUGGACUCGGGAGUGCUGGACUCUCCCGCCAGUGUGCCUCACCUCAGCGGCCCCAGGAGGCAGCUCAUAAUGUCCCGCAGAGAUGAAGAUGAAUACUUCUGACAUGCUUCGGGAGUAGGAUGAUUUCUGCAAGGUCAGCAGUUUCCGCUUUAAGUAAAAAUGUGAAACGAAACGAAACAAAAUCGACAUCGUGCUGAGCUAGUACAGUAGUAAAAUAUAACCUAUAUUGGAAUAUUCUCUGAAAGCAAUACAUUGCACAAGUGGAGCCAUCCAAUGCUGUUUUAAAGGCCUCGCUAAUAAGCUAAAUUAGUGGUGCUUGGAAGCAAAGUAUGACCUCAUAGCUAGAAAUAUUGACUACUAAUUACUACGGAAUCCACUUAAAGCCACGCUUCAAAUGGCAGGAUAUAACUUUUUAUUUCGACAGUUGAUACACCAGCAUUUAAAGCACCGCUGCAGAGCUACCGUGGCACCUGUAAAGCUGUUUACAGAUAAAGCUGUACGCUGUGAAAGCUUUUCAGGGCAAACGCUGCAAAUCAUUACUCAAAAUGAUUGAAUAGCCAGAACUAGUGAUUAUAUAUCCAAAAGGGUGAAAAGCAGGGGUCACCAACGUGGUGCCCGCGGGCACCAGCUCGCCCGUAAGGACCAGAUGAUUCGCCCGCUGGCCUGUUCUAAAAAUAGCUCAAAAAGCAGCACUUACCAGUGAGCUGCUGGCCUGUUCUAAAAAUAGCUCAAAAAGCAGCACUUACCAGUGAACUGCCUCUAUUUUUUAAAUUGUAUUUAUUUACUAGCAAGCUGGUACGCUUUGCUCGACAUUUUUAAUUCUAAGAGAGACAAAACUCAAAUGGAAUUUGAAAAUCCCAGAAAAUAUUUUAAAGACUUGGUCUUCACCUGUUUAAAUAAAUUCAUUAUUUUUUUUACUUUGCUUCUUAUAACUUUCAGAAAGACAAUUUUAAGAGAAAAAAUAAAACCUUAAAAAUGAUUUUCCGAUUUUUAAACACAUAUACCUUUUAAAUUCCUUCCUCUUCUUUCAUGACAUUUUAAAUCAAUGUUCAAGUAAAUGUAUUUUUUAUAGUAAAGAAUAAUAAAUACAUUCAAAUUUAAUUCUUCAUUUUAGCUUGUUUUUUCGACGAAAAAUAUUUGUGAAAUAUUUCUUCAAACUUAUGAUUAAAAUUCAACAAUAUUAUUCUGGCAAAUCUAGAAAAUCUGUAGAAUCAAAUUUAAAUAAUAACGAUUUGUCUUUGUUAGAAAUGUAGCUUGUUCCAAUUUGUUAUAUAUUCUAAAAAAGUACAGAUUGGAUUUGAACCUACCGUAUUUCCUUGAAUUGCCGCCGGGGUGCUAAUUAAUUUAAAACCCCUUCUCACUCCUGCGCUUAUCAAAGGCAUGCGGUAAAAGUAAGCAUGCGCUAAUUAUUUUAAAACCUCUUCUCACUCCGGCACUUACAAAGGCAUGCAGUAAAAAAUUGAGUGUGAUGUAAGCUUGGACCUUAAUUCUACUUUAUGCGAUUUCAAAUUACCAAUAUUGAAAUCAGCCUCCUCCAUUUUGAAAAUGAUGACAGGGGAAGUGUCACUCGUGACGUCACGAGUUUGACCCGGCGGUAAUACUAAGCAUGCGCAAAUUAUUUGUAUUAUUUCAGUAGUGAAGUGAAGUGAAUUAUAUUUAUAUAGCGCUUUUUCUCAAGUGGCUCAAAGCGCUUUACAUAGUGAAACCCAAUAUCUAAGUUACAUUUAAACCAGUGUGGGUGGCACUAGGAGCAGGUGGGUAAAGUGUCUUGCCCAAGGACACAACGGCAGUGACUAGGAUGGCACAAGCGGGAAUUGAACCUGCAACCCUCAAGUUGCUGGCACAGCCACUCUACCAACCUAUGCAGUAAUUCAAGUCAGGUGCAUACUAUAUGCCCUGCGGCAAUUGAAGGAAAUACGGUAUUUAUAAAAUGUCAUCAAAAAUAUGUAUUUAUUGUGAGAAAUCAUUAACAUGAUCAGUGUUUCCACAAAGAUAAAUAUCAUGAAUUAUGAAUAAUAACAGAGUUUAAGGUAAAUUGAGCAAAUUGGUUAUUUCUGGCAAUUUAUUUAAGUGUGUAUCAAACUGGUAGCCCUUCGCAUUAAUCAGUACCCAAGAAGUAGCUCUUGGUUUCAAAAAGGUUGGUGACCUCCUGCUGUAAAGCAAGAAAUAUGUAUGGUAUUUAAUAUAGUUAUUAAAUAAAACUGCUAUUUGGGCACACUAUCAAGCUAUUCUGCAUUACUAAGAGCUGCUGUAUAAUGUGGUCUUUUUUUAUAACUUGAUGUUAUUAAGUAAUAGUAGGUAAUAGAGAAAACUAAACUUUUAUUAUCACAAGCCUUCGCUUCACUGGCUUCCUUAAAGCACAAGUAUCAUGUACAAUACAUCCGUUGUGUGUGUAUUUUUUAUUUAUUUUUAAGAUCCAUCCAUUUCCUACCGCUUGUACCUUUGAGGGUGAAGGGUGCUGCAUUCAGAUAGACAGACAACAUUCACACAUUAGGGCCAGGAUUUAUUUUAAUUGUGUAUGUAUGUAUACAUAUCAUCGUGCAGUGCUUUAAGGGAUUUUUCAUUUUUUUUUAAAUAUGUGACUUUACAGAAUUUAUGUAACACCCACUUCAGAAAGCUUUCUCCUUGUCGCUCAGCAGCUGUUUCUAAAAAUACACGCUUUUUUUUUUUAAUUUUCUUCUUGGAGUGUAAAAAACAAACAGACAUAAUAAGCUUUUUCUCUUUCACUCAAGUGCUGUAUGAAAUUUGAACUGUGAAGUGCAAAAGCCGCCUGGGGCUUUUUAUAUAAGCAAUAAAAAGGAUAACUUUUGGGGUGAGUGGAAUAAAA